AUGUCGCUCCCCCCCGAGAUGCUCAGUCUUCACAAGAUGGUCAGGAAGCACUAUCUGUCCCUCCCCAAAGGUGAAGAGUGCCAGGUCACAUAUGUUUGGGUCAAUGAGGAUCGAGAGAAUCUACAGUCUAAAACCAGGACGCUUUACAAUGAGCCAGCAGGAAUCAGAGAUAUACCAGAAUGGUACGGGACCGAUGCUGAUCAUUCCGAAGUCACUUUGGUCCCGGUCCGAAUGUUUCGAGAUCCUUUCACACUGGACCCUGAUAAACUGGUGCUGUGCGAACUGGUAAACGGAAAAGACAUCCCCACAGGAAAUAAUCGGCGUUCACAGUGUGUUACCGUCAUGGACGAGGUGAAACAGUUCCAGCCCUGGUUUGGAAUGGAGCAGGAGUACAUCCUUUUUGGUUUGGACGGAGUGCAGCUUGGUUGGUCCCCUGAUGGACACCAGCUCCAAAAAGGGUCUUGUGAAGCCGUGGGUGCUGACAAACUGUGUGGAAGAGACAUAUCCAUGAGUCACUACAGAGCCUGCCUGUAUGCUGGUGUAAAGAUCUUUGGCUCCAAUUCAGAAUACCUGUACUCCCAGUGGGAGUUUCAGGUUGGCACUUGCGAGGGGAUUGAAAUGGGGGAUCAUCUGUGGAUGGCCCGUUACAUUCUGCACCGAGUCUGUGAAGACUUUGAGGUUGUUGCCUCCUUGGACGUUAAACCCAUUAAGGAAAGCAAUUUUUCAUCAGGCGCUCACAUCAACUUCAGCACCAAGGAGAUGAGGAGUGAAGGGGGACUUCAGUACAUUGAGGAAGCGAUCAGAAAACUGAGCAAGCGUCAUUCUCGGCACCUCAGUGUCUACGAUGCACAUGGUGGUGCUGACAACAUACACCGCCUCACAGGUCAGGGCUGUACCUCCAGCUUCCAUCACUUCUCUACAGCCGUAGCCUCUCGUGACGUUAGUGUUCGCAUCCCUGGCCAAGUCAGUCGCAUGGGCUGUGGGUACUUUGAGGACAGACGUCCUGCUGCCAACUGCGACCCAUACCCCGUGAUGAGAGCCCUGGUGGAAACCUGUCUGCUGGGAGUCACUGAGGAAGAUGAUGAGGAGAUGAAGGAGAUCCUGGCUUCCUGA